AUGCACCUGCAGGACUAUAUGAAGUAUCCGGAUAUGGCGUGUCGUAUGGGUUUCGUGCCGCGAUUUCGAUGGAAUGGUCGUCCAGUUGAGAUUAUUUCAUACGUGAAGGUCAAAAAGGUGCUUUAUGUCCUGGGAACUUUAUUUCUGGUGUACCAAGAUGUCGGAGAACUCGUGCACUGGCAUUUGGUGGGUCGCAAAGCCGAGGGCACGGCUAGUUUCGUGGCGGAGUUAUCGGAGGCUACCGGAGCCUUUAUGCUCACCUCGAUAGGAAUCUGUAAUAUCUGGGCCCUCACCCACUACCGUGCUGAGAUCAAUGAAGUGCUCACGGAGCUGGAAGAGCUAUAUCCAAGGCCCAGGGAAAUGCACUAUCGCCGGCAGCACUACUUCGAAUUGGCCAACCGCUUGAUGAAAUACGAGUUUAUAUUUUAUGUGGCCUUCUGUGCGUACUACAAUGGUGCUCCUCUGCUGGUACUGCUGUACGAGCAUCUCAUGGAUGGAAAGGAAAUGCGAUAUAAGCUACAGAUUAAUACGUGGUAUCCCUGGAGAACCCAUGGCUCGGCAUUGGGAUAUGGCAUAGGAUUCCUCUGCACUGUUCUCUCCUCCAUUGAGGGCGUGGCCUUCUCCGUGGCCACACACCACAUACUCUGCAUAGUUACCUAUAACCUGAAGCUGCACUACGAUUCUCUGUCCGAGCAAUUACUUGCUCUGGACUCCCGUCAUCCGGACGCCAAUCGGACUUUGAGAAAGCUGAUUGCAUACCAUUGUCAAAUCCUGAAUUUGGGCGAUAAAGUCAAUCACAUUCUGGACUUUUCCUUUUUGGCUGCCUUGAUAUGUGCCACGGUUGCCAUCUGCAUGACGAGUGUGGCGGUGCUGCUCCUUGAUCCGGCCUCCGCCUUUAAGUACAUUAAUGGCCUGGCAGCCUUUGUGGUAUACAACUUUGUCAUUUGCUACUUGGGAACUGAGGUCACCAUAGCGGUAAGUUUGGAGAGAAUUUAA